CUCCGUCUGCGUUUCUCUCCCUGUUUGUGAGAGAGAGAGAGAUGCUGAAGUUCCUGUCGAAGGUGAAGAUCGAAUUCAAUGCGUUGGAUACUCGUACAGCGGCUUGUAUGGAGUUUCUGGCCCAGUGCAAUGCUCGCAAGGCCAAGGAGUCGAACCCCGCGUGCCAGCUCCUUGUCAAGAGGCGCACCGAUGACCAUCCUCCGCAGAUCUCCGUUACCUACGUCAACGGCGUAGAAGAGGUGAUCGACGCCACUGCCACCUCGGCCCAGGACAUAAGGAAGAGGAUCCUCGAAAAGGGGCAGCUCCUCGAGACCGAGCAGAUGUUCAGGGAUGCCGGCGAGCCAUGGCCUGUCGUCAUCCCUGAGGAAGAGCUCCACCAGAAGGCCCCAGGAACCAAGCCAAGAAAAGCAGAAGAGAAAAAGCAGUAGUGUGCAUUACCAUAUGUCAAGCUGUUGGCUCCAUCUUCAGUAGAAACUGAAUCAGGUAUCCAUGUGCCUAGGCCCUUCAUUUUUUGGAGAAAAUGGGACGAUCUUGAGCUUUAUUUUUUUGAAAAGCAUGAUGUUGAGCUUUAUCUGUUUCUUCUCAGUAGUAGCAAUUUAUUGUGUCGGAGAAACAUCUCUACCAAUAUAGAUAUGGGAGGCUGACUUGUCAUCAACCAUGAAAUCUUGAACAUUGUUAUUUGUGAUUUGGCUCUGGAAAUUGGGCUGUUUGGAUGCA